CAAAGACUAGACAACAUUGUCAGCGUUUCUUGUUUCUCAAGCCAAACGAACUGAAAAAAAAAAAACAAAAAUAACAACAAAUUGUUGUUUUAAUAAUCAUUACCAGUUCUUCUUCACCCUUUCAACAAUCUUAUAUUUAUUUUAUUGCAUAUUUCUUCCGAGGUGAUAAUAUCUCACGGUUCUUUCGGAGUUGGAAGUUACUAUACUACCCUGUUUUUUCAGAUCUGCAAUCGUAUUUUCCGACUCCCGCGAUGGCGUCGAGAUUUGUCGCCAACUUGAUUCUGAUGGGAUCUACAGUAGUGGGAAGGGCUCUCGUACAAGCAUAUCGUCAGGCACUUGCGAAUGCAGCAAAGAACGGAGUUGCUGAAGAAGCAGUAAACAACAUCAGAAGAGGUAGUAAAAUAAUGACCGAUGUGGAGGCGAGGCAAAUCCUAGGUGUCACAGAGCGUUCUUCAUGGGAAGAGAUUUUGAAGAGGUACGAUAACUUGUUCGAAAAGAAUGCGAAGAGUGGGAGUUUUUAUCUGCAAUCGAAGGUUCAUAGAGCUAAAGAAUGUCUGCAAACAUUUCACCAAACGCAAGCAUAAAAAUCAGUUGUCUAAAGAGAAUUAGCGGAGCAAGGAUUUUAAGUUCGAGGGGGCCGCAUUAAAAAAA